GGCCGACCCAAAAGAAAGGUAGAUUUGGAAUACUUUAUCAGUGCCCCCACCGAUCUUUUUUCAAUCUCUCUACCAAAUCGAUCAUUUACACAUUUGUAAGGGGAAAAAGGGGAAAGAAGAGAUGGUGGGAGGAGAUAUGCUGCCGUUCUUGGCGAUGGUGUUGGUGCAAAUCGGCUACGCGGGUAUGAACAUCACGUCGAAGAUGGCCAUGGAGGCCGGCAUGAAGCCUCUUAUCCUCGUCGCUUACCGCCAAAUCUUCGCCACCGUAGCCACUUUUCCGGUGGCUUAUUUCAUCGAACGGAAGACGAGACCCAAGGUCACACUGAAUGUUCUUGUCCAAGCCUUCUUCUGUUCCGUUACUGGAGUGACCGGAAACCAAGUGUUCUACUUCGUAGGGCUACAAAAUUCAUCUCCGACGAUUGCUUGUGCCCUCACCAAUCUUUUACCGGCGGUCACUUUUCUCCUCGCCGCAAUUUUCAGGCAAGAGGUGGUGGGGAUAAAGAAGAAAUCGGGACAGGCGAAGGUGGUAGGGACAAUAGUGUGUGUGGCAGGAGCAAUGUUGCUGUCGUUCUACCACGGUCACACCAUCGGCAUAGGAGAAUCGAAGAUCCACUGGACCUACGCCGAGAAGAUAUCCAGCCUCGGCUCGAGCUCUAAUGGCUCCAGCUUCUUCUUAGGUCCUUUCCUUGUCAUGGCCGGUGCUGUCUCUUGGGCCGCCUGGUUCAUCCUCCAGACAAAGAUGGGGGAGACAUUUGCAGCACCGUACACAAGCACGCUGUUGAUGUGUUUGAUGGGAAGCAUUCAAUGCGGAGGCAUUGCUCUGAUUUCCGACCACAAACUCUCCGACUGGUCUCUCAGAUCUCCUAUCCGAGUCAUCUCUGCCGUCUAUGCGGGUGUGGUGGCGUCUGCGUUAGCGUUUUGCCUAAUGUCGUGGACGAUUCAGAAGAGAGGCCCUCUCUAUGUCUCCGUUUUCAGCCCUAUGUUGCUCGUCGUCGUCGCCAUCAUCAGCUGGGCUCUGCUUCAGGAGAAACUCUACCUUGGCACGCUUGUGGGGUCAGCUCUGGUGGUUAUUGGGCUCUAUGGAGUGCUAUGGGGAAAAGACAAGGAAACGGCCGACAUGGAACAAACUCAAGAGUUGAAACAUAACGUGAAGACAGACCAAAAGGAAGAUGUCGAAUCAAGAUUGUCUCCUUCUUCUCCGGUCACCGACCACAACGGUCGCGUCAUUUUCAUGAUCCAUCAAGACGGAGACCGCGAAAAGGGACGGAAACCGAACUGAGGGCUGAAGAGAAACCAUCUCGAAAUCUCGGAAAAGAACGGAACUCAUCAUAGAUCUCAUCGACAACUCUCGAACUGCCUCAGUCCGGUUUUCGGACUUUCUUGCGACCCAAGUUACCGACACCUAUGUUGUUGUUUUUUUUGCCUUUAUAAUUUGAUUGUCGGUUUCGAGUGUUUUUCGUCUGGUUUCUUGAGUGUGAAUUCCGGUUGGUAGUGUACAAUCCACGUUAUUUCAGCUAUCGUUCGGUAAUUUUUUU